GUACAUUCUGACGAGGGAAUUUUCAAAGGAGAUUCCCUUUACUCGCAUAAUUCAAAAACAUUGUCAGAAGUUUCGUUCGGUUCUAUAAAAAGUGAGCCUAAUAAUGUUUCGAAGACAAAUUUGGGAUUCAUACAUAUGGCGAUGAACGAGUAUCUAAAUUGUCAUAGACAUUCGAUUAGUACCAUAAUGGAAUUGAUAGACUUUGAGGAUCGGGAAAGAUUCAGUUACGCUGAGAAGACGCAAUCGAAUAUUGAUUUGCCAGGGACUACGGAUAGCAAGCCUUUAAAUUGUCCGGAAAGAAAAGAAUCAUUUUAUCUUUUAUCACCUAUCGAAGAGAAGAGCGAAUCAUCAACGAGAAGUAGCAGUUUCCACGAGAGCAGCAGCUCUGAGAAACGUCAAAGAACUCGAAAAGCUACAACAUCACUCUCAAUAUCGUUCGAUUUGUUACCCGAAGAAAAAAACGUGGUGCACUUCUCGUCUGAAAGCAAUUUACUCCAGAAGUGUAUUGGGCAAAACAUAAGAUUCAACUCUAAUGUUCCUGGUUACGCUAUUUUUCCACUUGAACCAAGAGAAUUAGAUCCAAGUAGUUUUUUCCAACUUCAUACUGCAGAUAGUCAGGAGGAACUUCAAGAAUUCCUGCUUCUGGAAAGUGAAUGUAUGACGCACAAUUGUAAAAAAGGUCUGGCAAAUGCCUUCUUGCACUUCGACUCGGAUGAUUCAAAUUCUUGUGAAAGAUUGAACGAGAUGUGAACUAUUAAAGAAUUCAUUUAGACUUAAUAUAUUAAAUAACGGUCAACAAUGUUGAGCUUUAUCUUAUAAAGAUGAUUCUAACAAGCACCCUAAGCUCUAACAGGUAGGUAAACUUUUUUUUA